AUGUUACAAGGGGAAACAACUAAGGUUUUAACUCGAUAUCAUUUAAAAAAUGGUGACAAUCGUGAAUUGAAAACUUUACGAGGGACAAUUUAUGACCUCAUCAGUGCCAUACGUGAUCCAGAGAAACCAGAUUCUCUAGAAGACUUGAAUGUGGUCUCUGAGUCAGGAAUUGAGGUCUUCAGAAUGAAGACAGGCCAGCUGAUGGUGCGCAUUGAGCUUGUUCCUACAGUUCCUCACUGUAACCUUGCCUCAAUCAUUGGUUUGUCUAUGAGACCCAAACUUAACAAGUGUCUACCAGAGAAAGUGAAGGUUGACAUCUACAUCAAGGAGGGAACACAUGAAACAGCCAAUGAAAUUAACAAACAGAUCAAUGACAAGGAAAGAAUAUCUGCAGCUAUGGAGAACCCUAAUUUACAACGACUCGUUAAUGAUUGUAUUGAGGAAAGCUGAUGGAUUGGGUAAUAAUUGCUACAAUCAAAGCUGGUGUAGCUAAUGAUUGUAUUGAGAAAGCUGAUGUGUCAGUUUAUGAUUA